AUGGGGCGGCGCGUAAGCCCCGAACUUGGUCGCCCGGACUCCGCCAGCGCGGUCCGGUCGGCGACGCUCCACGUGCUCCCAGCAGCUUGCUGGGGGCGGUUCUCGGCCGGGCGGGACCAGCGGGCGGCGGGCCGCAACAUCACGCUGCUCAACGGCGUGGCCAUAAUCGUGGGCACCAUCAUCGGUUCGGGCAUCUUCGUGACGCCCACGGGCGUGCUCAAGGAGGCCGGCUCGCCGGGGCUGGCGCUGGUGGUGUGGGCCGUGUGCGGCAUCUUCUCCAUCGUGGGCGCGCUCUGCUACGCCGAGCUGGGCACCACCAUCUCCAAGUCCGGCGGCGACUACGCCUACAUGCUGGAGGUGUACGGCUCCCUGCCCGCCUUCCUGAAGCUCUGGAUCGAGCUGCUCAUCAUCCGGCCGUCCUCGCAGUACAUCGUGGCGCUCGUGUUCGCCACCUACUUGCUCAAGCCGCUCUUCCCCACCUGCCCCGUGCCGGAGGAGGCCGCCAAGCUCGUGGCCUGCCUCUGCGUGCUGCUGCUCACGGCCGUGAACUGCUACAGCGUGAAAGCUGCCACCCGCGUGCAGGACGCCUUCGCGGCAGCCAAGCUCCUGGCCCUGGCCCUGAUCAUCCUGCUCGGCUUCAUCCAGAUCGGGAAGGGUGGCGUAUCUAAUCUGAACCCAGAGUUCUCCUUCCAAGGCACCAACCUGGACGUGGGCAACAUCGUGCUGGCCUUGUACAGUGGCCUCUUUGCCUACGGAGGAUGGAACCUGCCCCUGGCCAUCAUCAUCUCCCUCCCCAUCGUCACCCUGGUGUACGUGCUGACGAACCUGGCCUACUUCACCACGCUGACCACUGAGCAGAUGCUGACGUCCGAGGCUGUGGCCGUGGACUUUGGGAACUACCACCUGGGAGUCAUGUCCUGGAUCAUCCCCGUCUUUGUGGGCCUGUCCUGCUUCGGCUCUGUCAACGGGUCCCUGUUCACGUCCUCCAGGCUGUUCUUCGUGGGGUCCAGGGAAGGCCACCUGCCCUCGAUCCUGUCCAUGAUCCAUCCACAGCUCCUGACACCCAUGCCGUCCCUGGUGUUCACAUGCAUCAUGACCCUGCUGUACGCCUUCUCCAAAGACAUCUUCUCCGUCAUCAACUUCUUCAGCUUCUUCAACUGGCUCUGCGUGGCCCUGGCCAUCAUCGGUAUGGUCUGGCUCCGCUUCAAGAAGCCCGAGCUGGAGCGGCCCAUCAAGGUGAACCUGGCCAUGCCGGUCUUCUUCAUCCUGGCCUGCCUGUUCCUCAUCGCCGUGUCCUUCUGGAAGACGCCUGUGGAAUGUGGCAUUGGCUUCGCCAUCAUCCUCAGUGGGCUGCCUGUCUACUUCCUCGGGGUCUGGUGGCAGAACAAGCCCAAGUGGCUCCUCCAGGGCAUCUUCUCCACCACCGUCCUUUGCCAGAAGCUCAUGCAGGUGGUCCCGCAGGAGACCUAG